AUGAAAAUUUCUUCAAGAUCUAGAGCAGAUUUGAUCAGAUGUGUUGAUUGUAUUCGUUCUAGUAUUCUCAAAAAUGAUUUGAACAUUUCUGACUUGCUCGAUGAGGGAGAUAACUUAUUUUAUUUAAAUAGCAAAGAUGAGAAAUUGCCUAUCCCAAAGAGUGUUAUUAUUGCGUUUCAACGUUUGUAUUUAAAAUUAAAUAGUGAAAUUAGUGCAUUAAACAGCGACUGUUUAAAUAACGAAGUUGACUCACAUCUCUUACAAUUAUUGGGUUCAGAUUCCCUUGCUAAAUUGACAUCAUGGCUUUCACAUGAACGAAGAACGUCCUCAAAUAAAUCUCAAGAACCCGAAAGUGUUGACUCUGAAUCUUUGCCAAAAGAAACUGAGGAAUCUAGGCAUGCCAUUGCACCCAAACAGCUAGAAAAUAAAAACCACGUACAGACGCAGACAAUAAAGACUUGCAAAUUGGGAUUUAAAUCUGUAGAAGCUGUUUCAAUCUCCCCCCGUUUGCCGUUGACUUCAACCGUCUAUACUCAAACUAAUAUCUAUGAAAGUGUGAAGAAUGUUUCUAUGCAAGCUACUAUACCAUUAAUUAAUCAAGCAACAUCCCCAUUGAUUGAUAACAAUGAAGAACCAAAUUUAAAGUCUCCUCAAGUAUCUCAACAAAAUGAAGAGCCAAAUAGUGACAAAUCAAUUUCUACUUUGUUAACACCAUCUUCCAAUAUGCAACAAUCGACAGAUCUUAGCAGCAGUGGUCAGUUGGAUGAAGCUAAAGCUAUUUCAUUAUUUUCAAGGCAUGGAAAUCGUGUUGUUGUCUAUAACAUUUCUUCGGAUGGUGGAAUAAUAAAGGAGCAACAGAAAGCUAAAUUUUUUAACAAUUAUUCCAUUUCAUCAGAAAAGUCAAAUACUGAUAAUUGUGACGAUGAAAUUGAAUCAAUUUCAAUAAGCGAAAUACGUUCCAAAAAUACUCCACAGAAUAGGCACAAAAAAUUUGGAUGUGUGGAUUCUUCAAAAUUAGAUUUGACAAAUCUUAAGGAAUUAACUGAAGAAAAUUGCGAGUUUAUUGCGUUAAAAAACGUAUUGGAAGAAAAAACUCCAACCAAAACAAGAGCAAGGGUUGCGAAAAAUUUUCAAAUUGGAAUGGAUGAAGAAGAAGAACCAUCGACCUUAAAUCAGAUAACACCAAUUCCAAAUAAUUUUGAAUUUAGCAUUCAUUUUAUUGGUUUUGUGUUAGUGUGUUUCUGCUUUUUGAGGUUUCCUUGCUAUUUAAAAAUUUUUUUAUUUUUUAAGUUGAAAAUUAUCGAAGGCUACUUUCUUCGAAGAUUAACUUAUCGACUCUUUCCUGAUUUUCUAAUUUAUUUGAUUGAAUAUGCUGCUCUAUUUGUCACUGUUGCUAAUGCUGUUUUCUGCUUUGUUGUUUACAUGGCUUUUAUUUACAAAUUGUUUAUUGCUCAAAUUAUGUCAGAAAAAUCUAGAUUGGACGCUCAAAAACUUAAAAGUGAUGACUCUCAAACUUUAGAUGAAUCCGUUCGGGCAGACUGUAUCCAGUCUUUGUUUGCGUUCACUUCAGAAUUCUUUCGUCUUUCGAGCUUGCCUCAACAACCGCAAAAGGAUUUGAAUUUUACAUUUUCUACUUCCGCAACUGAUAGUCUGAGAAACUCUUCACUUUCAUCACUAGUUGGUUAUCGCGAUUCGCCACUUAACACAAGCGUUACAAGUGUUCACACAACUUCACAACUUCGACAAUUGCUUGAAAAUGAAACUUGUGAUUCAGUGAUUGAUCCAUCUGAUUGUACUGCAUUUUUCAAUCGUGAUUUCGAUUCCAAAUUUUUCUAUUACCCGGGUAUCGCUAGUUCUGCUGAUUUGAAGUCUAAUUUGGCUCUUGAUGCAAUUAAAUCAUUUAUUUCUGACUCAGAGGAAACUACAGAGCAGCGUAGACCUUUGGCAACUGAAAGAAGAACUUAUCGCCGUUCCUUUUCUGCUACUGAUCCUGCACCAAAGGUUUAUGUUGAGACACGUCUUAAAGAGAUUCUUAAUGUUUACGAAUUAAAUGAAGCUGAUUUGGAACUCUACGAACUUAAAUUGAGAAUUUGGCUUUGCAAUACAAUUAUAAAACCUUUGAGUGAAAAAAUUAAUGAAAUGAAUUUGGAAUUGGCCGAAAAACAUGCAAACAUGAACAUUACUUUAGGACAGACGCCAAUUGAUUUAAUUCAAACUGCAAUGGCGCAUCGGACAGAUUUGUGCAACACGUUUUUGCCAUUUAUUAUACCUUAUAUAAGAGUUCAUCAAAAUCAACAAUAUGUUGUCAACAGGAUUCAUUCUUUUUCUCAAAAUAUUGCGCUUCAGGAAUACAAAUGGAAUUCUGGUGGUGAUACUAUCGCUAGAGACGAAAAGGAUGCUUUUUCUCGAAUUUUGCCAUGGAAUGAACAACAAAAGCUUCUGACAGAUGUUGAACUUAUCUGGCAUCUUUUUUGUACUUAUAUGGACUUUCAUCUUUCUCCCUGUUCAAGCGCAUUUUCUGCAUUCUCAUCUGAAAUUGGAAAUAAGCCUUUUAGUAAUUUGUAUUGUUCAAAAUGCCCUUCAAGUUCAACAACGCCUGUCACAAUUUCAACCUCAAAUUUAACUGAUUUAUUUCCUCCUGCAAUUGUUGCUAAAAAACAGAAACAAAAUUUGUUGCGUGGUGAAGAUGCUUCUUGUCAAAAUAUCGAGGAUGAUGGAGAAUUUUUUAUACGAAUGAAUGAGACAACUCCACCAACCUUUGAAUUUGUUAUUGAUGGUGGUGUAACUGUAUUUCAACCUGCAAAAGGAACAUCACAAAAUUUUUGGAUUGUACUUAUUCUCUUUUUGGCUCAUUUAAAGAAGUAUGCAAGAAGUAGAAUUGGUGGACAUAUUCAUUUGACGGCAUUUAAUUUGGAUAUUUUUUAA